AAAAAGCCAACAUGAAGGGUCUUCGUCGAGUCUUCAGCAGCGCAUCCUGUUUCCGACCCGAUGAUGACCAAGACCAUGGCAUUGUUUAUAUCGAGAGCCCGUCAAAGACCAACGCCACUAACAAGAAGCAGCCACGGAGACCUCCGUUCCAUUGCCCCCCUCGGCUUUUGGAUGGCAUGGCCGACAAAGUCCGAGAAUCAAUUAGUGCAAUGGGUACUCUCUUGUCUGCAAUGAAGGCUCCGCUUCCCACUGGCUCAGGUGAUGGUUCGGCGUUACCAGUAGAGAAAGAUGAGACGGUUGCUUCCACCCUUGCUACCAUUGUCAAGGAUGUAUCUCAUCUUGGGUUCGAUUCUGUCGAAAAGGUCGCAAAGAUGACCAUCAAGACCAAGAAUGGAGACUACAUUGACGACAAGGAAUAUCUUAUGGAAUAUUUGAUUGGCGCUGCCCAGAAACUUCCCAACGACGUAGUUGGUCAGAAACUCACGAAUGGCUUUGUAACGACUCUCUGGAACGACUUGGAACAUCCUCCAAAAGUGUUCAUGAGUGACAGAUAUCAGUACCGCAGCGCAGACGGAUCUGACAACAGCUAUCUCCACCCUAGCUUGGGAGCCGCUCACGAGUCUUAUGCUCGCACAGUCAAGCCGGCAACCAUUCAACCAGGCAACCUACCCGAUCCAGCUGUCUUGUUUGAUGUUCUCAUGGCUAGAGAUAAGCCUACUGAGCACCCCAACAAGAUUUCCAGCAUGCUGUUCUAUAUGGCGUCGAUUAUCAUCCAUGAUCUAUUCAAAACGAAUCACAAGGAUUUCCGAAUCUCUGACACUUCAUCAUAUCUGGACUUGUCUCCACUGUAUGGCAGCGACCAGAGCGAACAAGACACAAUCAGAACAUUCAGGGAUGGCAAAAUCAAGCCCGACUCGUUUGCAGAGACUCGUCUCCUGUCCUUCCCUCCUGGAGUCGGUGUGAUUAUGAUCAUGUUCAAUCGUUUCCACAACUAUAUCGUGGAGCAACUUGCUCUUAUCAACGAGAACAGCAGAUUUACCCGGCCUGCUGAAGACGCGGCAAAGGAGAAGUGGAUCAAGUUCGACAACGAUUUGUUCCAGACUGGAAGGUUGAUCACCUGUGGCCUCUACAUCAACGUCAUUCUCAUCGACUACGUGAGAACAAUCUUGAAUCUCAACAAGACAGACUCUGACUGGUCUCUCAACCCACGUGCUGAAUUCCCUGGUCAGCCUGACCUGGGCUGUGGUAACCAAGUCAGUGCCGAGUUCAACCUGGUUUACCGCUGGCACUCGGCAGUGUCGGACAAGGACGACAAGUGGACUCAAGAGCUCUUUGCCAAACUCUUCCCCAGAAGGAAGCCAGAGGAGGUUCCUCAGAUGGAGUUCUUGAAGACAUUAGGUCAUAUGGAGGUCGAUCUGAAGGCCCAAGAUCCUACAGAGCGUAACUUCCACGACAUUCAGAGAAAUGCCGAUGGAACCUUACCGGACGACAAGCUUGCUCAGAUUCUGGUUGAGGGCGUGGAAGACUGUGCCAAUGCUUUCGGUCCCCGCCAGGUACCUCUAGUUAUGAAGCAGAUCGAAGUAUUGGGCAUCAGACAAGCAAGAGCUUGGAAUCUUGCAACUCUCAACGAGUUCAGAAAGCACUUCUCUCUGAAGCCUUACUCAACCUUUGAAGAGAUCACCGCUGACAAGGACAUUUCUGAGUCCCUCAAGCACUUAUACGACCACCCGGAUAAUGUUGAGCUGUAUCCUGGUCUAGUCGUUGAAGACGCAAAAUUCGCAAUGCGCCCUGGAUCUGGACUUUGUCCUUCAUACACGACUUCUCGCGCCAUUCUUUCCGAUGCCACUGUCCUGGUUCGUGGCGAUAGGUUCUAUACAACUUCUCAUCAUCCUGCAUCGCUUACCAAUUGGGGAUUUGCCGAACAAGGCUCUGAUCUCAAAAUCAACCACGGCUGUGUCAUGUACAAGCUCUUCAUGAAGGCUUUUCCUAACCACUUCCGUCCGGAUUCAGUCUACGUCCACUUCCCUUUCACAGUGCCCUCUGAGAUGAAGAAGGUCUUGACUGGUCUAGGCAAAGCUCACAAGUACAACUUUGACCGACCCACUCGCCUUCCACCAACCAAGAUGUUGUUCUCUUACGAUGCCGCUAAGAAGGUUCUUUACGAUCAAGACACGUUCAAAGUGUACUGGGGCCCAAAGAUCGAAUUCCUCAUGGGCCCUUUGGCCAAAAGCUUCAUGCUUGCGGGCGACACCAAGACCAACACAACUUCUCGCAAUAUGAUGGAGCAGGCUCUCUAUCUUGGCAAGUUCUCACGCAAAGAACCCACAGGACAGGAGAAGUGGCUUCUGGAAGUCCGCAAAUUCUAUGAAGAGCACACCUCUAUGCUACUGCAGAAGCAUUCAUACAAGCUUGCCGGCACCAAUUACGUGGAUCUCAUCCGCGAUGUGUCCAACAUUGUGCAUGUACACUUCUGUUCAGAAGUCUUCAAUCUGCCACUCAAGACAGAAGAGAACCCGAACGGUGCCUUUACUGAGAAGCAAAUGUACCUUGUGAUGGCAGCUGUGUUUGCAUGCGUUUUCUUCGAUGUUGAUCCUGAACACUCAUUCGCUCUCCGAGAAGGCGCUCACGGUGCUAUUCAAGCUGUCGGCAAGCUCAUGGAGAUGCAGGUUCAGGCUCUAGCAAACAUGCCACAUCUUUCCAACGCCGUUGAUCGCAUUAGUGAAUGGUGGUCGGGCAAGGAUCGCUCAGUUCUCACCCAGUAUGGCAAGCACAUGAUCGAGCGUCUGUUGCAGACUUCGGGCAUGGAUGUCAAGGAGCUCGUAUGGGCACAGAUCAUCCCUACUGCAGGCAGCAUGUGUGCCAAUCAAGGUCAAUUCUUCGGCCAGGUGAUUGCUUGGCUUUUCAGCGAUGGUCGGGAACAUCUUCCAGUGUUGCACGAGCUCGCCAUUCAAGACACCCCUGAGGCCGAGGAGAAGAUCAUGCGCUACUUCCUCGAGUUCUCACGUCUUCACAGCGAGACAGGUGUCUACCGUACUGUCGCCAAGGAAACAAUCAUCGAAGACAUGGACCGCAGAGUCAAGCUCAACGUCGGCGACACAGUUGCCCUCAACUUCCGCUCGGCAUCUCGCGACCCCAACAUCUUCCCCGACCCAGAAACGAUCAAGCUGGACCGCCCCAUCGAUUCUUACAUCCACCUCGGCCAAGGACCCCACCAAUGCCUCGGGCAACCCAUGACGCUGGUCGCCAUGGGCGCCAUCCUCAAAACCCUCUGCAAACUGCCUAAUCUGCGGCCUGCACCCGUCUGGCCCGGCCCCGUCGACAGCGUCAAGCAAGUCGUCAAGGACUUUUCGGCCCUCGCCCCCGACGUCGAGUUCAAGCCCGAGUGGAUGUAUCACUGUUACCUGCUCGAGGACUGGGACCAAUACUUCCCUUUCCCUGCGAGUUUGAAGAUUUGCUAUGAUGGGACGGCCGCU